AUGACUAAAACCUAUUUGUUGUUUGAAACCGCCGCAGGCUACGGUUUAUAUCAAAUUGACCAAUGGGACCAAAUUGGAAGUGAUUUAUCACUAGACGAAUUAGUUUCAAACUCAGAAAGAUUCUCAGGAACAGUGAAGUUCAAAGCAUUCCAGCCAUUUAGAACAGCAAAAGAAGCUCUAGAAAAUAUGAGAAGUAUUACAGAAGGAGAAGCGACGCUACUGCUUACCAACUUCCUUAGUCAGAACCUUCCAUCAUCAGACCACGUUUUGGCAAUUGUUGAUGUAUCCCUAGCAAAAAGUUUAUCGCAAAAAGGCUUUAAAGUAAUUUAUGACUCAAAUGUACUUGAGCUCGUGAGAGGAUGCAGACUGUAUGAAACCAAGAGGCUUACGAAGUUGGCCUCCGGGGGCACAUCAUUUGAUAUGAACAACUUCCAAGUAGGUUUGGGCCAUAGUUAUAGCAGAAGUAAGCUGAAAUUCGACCCUUCAAAACAAGAUAAACCUAUCAUAAACUCGGUUUCACUUUUGGAUACUCUGACAAAGAACCUGAACUCGUUUGCAAUGAGAGUUCGAGAGUGGUAUGGAUGGCAUUUUCCAGAGUUGUGUAAAUUAGUCCCAGAUAACAAAACCUUUUGCGAGGCUGUAAAAUUACUAAAGAAGAAGGAAGAAUACGAUUUUGAAAAUUUGGAACCAUUGAGUGAACUUUUGGGAGAGGAGUUGGCAUUGACAGUCAAAAAGGCAUCCAGGCACUCAAUAGGUCAUGAAUUGGCUGACCUCGAUUUGGAGAAUAUUUUAAAUUUUGCAGAUAAUGUCAUAAAAUUGGACGAAAUGAGGAAUAAAUUGAACGGUUACUUGAACGAUAAAGUUUCUAUGGUUGCUCCAAAUUUGAACUGUGUGGUUGGAACUCUACUUUCAGGAAGACUCAUUAGUCAUGCCGGUUCCCUGGUUAACUUGGCAAAAUCUCCUGCAAGUACAAUUCAAAUAUUAGGUGCUGAGAAGGCACUUUUCAGGGCUCUAAAAUCUAGGACCAAUACUCCCAAAUACGGUCUUCUAUUCCAGUCAACUUUCAUCGGUAAGGCCUCAAAUAAACAUAAAGGCAAGGCUGCAAGAUAUCUGGCAAACAAGUGUGCCCUUGCAGCAAGGUUAGACUAUUUUUGCGACGUCAACACUGAUAUUUAUGGCAAGAAGAUGAGUGAACAGUUGACAAAGAGAAUGAACUAUUUACUUGGAGGACCACAGCACGAUCGGAACAUAAACGUGAUGAAACAGGCACACGAGGAAUACAAGCAACUAUCGAACUUGGCAAAGUUGAAUGAAAAGGCCAAAACCGUUCCUGACGAUCAAGCUGAUGAGAAGCCAAAGAAAAAAAGAAAAACUUCAUCUAAGAAAAAUAAGGAACAGAACGAGGCUGAAUCUAUGAAUAAUGUCGAAAAUGAACAACAAACUUCAGAUAAAGUUUCAGACUCUGAGCAAAAAUUAAACCACGUGGCACAAUCAGAGAAUCUACCAGCCGUCGAUAGAGAGCCAACUAAGAAACCAAAGAAAUCCUCAAAAAAGAAAAAGGAACAAACUGAAAAUAGUGAAAAAUCAACAGAAAUAGCUGAUGCAGUUCCAUCUCCCGAAUCUAACGCAGCUAAAAGUUCUAAGAAACAGAAGGAACAGAAAGAAUCUUAG